AUGGAGUCUGAUCCUGAGAAGAAGAAGAAGAAGAAGAAGAGACGAUGUUCCGUGUGUCGGCUACCAGUGAAAGGACACCCGGGACCAUACGGCCGCGGCAGGUGCACUUUUGAGCGGCCAGAAGGAACCUCAGAUGAAGACUUUUUCGGACGACAGCGGGGUAGUGCUAACGUCCAGGAGAAGAUCAGAGGCCUCCGGCGGCACAGUAAAGUUCCGGAGCUAGUGCGUAAGGCCUGGUCGGACAGCCUCUCGGAAGACGCGGAAGAGGAGGUGAGGUUGGCUAGAUCAUACAACCUAAAGAAAUCGUCGGAUGACGGCGGAGAGAAAGCCAGCGUUCGAGCAAGAAGUGAGCCCCCUCCCCAGGUUUCUCGCCAAAACGCACGUGAUCGGAGCAGGGAGUAUGCACAAGGGAAAGACCAGCCCGACAUACGAGACCUGAGAGAAUCCAGGAAAUUGGUCAAAGAGGUGGACAAGGCUUUGGACGACUUGUUACAUCCAGUUACAAGCCAGGAGAGGAGGAUCAGCGACAAACGCCUUGACGAGAGCGACUUUGAUUCAACUUCAACAUCAUCACAGACUGAAUCGGGGCGGUCGUCCGACACAGAGGAGUCAGCUUACACACGAAAACCAGAAAGGCGCCGGCGUCGCAAGGGGUCGCGUAAGAAGAAGACCGAGGCUAGGGAUCCGCCCCAAACGCUUUCAUCCGACACAACAGAG